AUGGCCGAGCGGUCUAAGGCGCUGCGUUCAGGUCGCAGUCCACUUCUGUGGGCGUGGGAUUAUACAGAGAAGUUGACCAAGGCGUUUGGCAGUGAAGACUUCGUGUUUGACCUGCUUCUGCUUGGCAUGGGACCUGAUGGACAUACAUGCUCCUUGUUCCCUGGACAUCCUUUACUGGAUGAGACCAAGUUGAAGGUGGCUCCCAUUACUGACUCGCCCAAGUUCCCACCCGAGAGGAUCACACUCACCUUCCCUACUAUAAACAAAGCUAGAAACUGCUUGUUUGCAAUCUGUGGCUCGAGCAAGGCGGAAAUGAUUCAACGCAUCCUGAAGGACAACGACGAAUCGGUGCCGGCGCGCAGAGUGAAGCCUCACAGUGGCUCCCUCUACUGGGUGCUCGACCAACACUCCGCUAAGAACUUGUAG